CAGUCUGUUACAUUAACAAGUAUGAAGGUGGAAUAAACAUAUAAAAUCAUUUUGCUGUAAUGAACUAUUUGUUUAAUUCGUUGAUCAUACUUAAUUGUUUAAUAUAUUGGUGUCCGAGUUAAAUAAAACAAGGAAGGUAAAUGAAUACCGGGCAAUAAUUCUCAUAGCAGUGUUGCUGUUUACGUACGAAAAAGGAAUAAUCAUGAUUGAAAGGGAGCGAAGCAUUGGUAUGAUUUCUAUGAGUGAUGUUUUAGUGAGGGAGAGAUCAUUUCAAAGUUUACCGGAAAGUGAGCGGAGCACUGAUACGAUUUCUGUGAGAGACGUUUUAGUGAGAGAGCAAUCGUUUCAAAGUUUACCGGAAGGAACUUUUCAAAAUGUUCCUCCGACUUAUGACAGACUCGACUACAAAACCAAAAGGAGUGAUUCUAUACAUACAUGUUCUACAGUUAGCAGUGCUACGCCACUUGUUGGAAUAAAGAAAUCUGUUAGACCAAAUUUGAAGAAGAUUAGUAUGGUUACAUUUAUAGUUGUUAGUAUUUGCACGAUUAUAGGUCUCAUCGUUGCCUUAGCUGUAUGUUCAAAUGGGAAAGAUAAGAAGGACAACAACAAUUGCCAAAAUAAUGGAAAAACUACAGCUUCACCUCUGUCAAUGCCAGAAGAGACCACAACACAAAUGACCACAUCGAAAGCAGAUACCGACACUACGAAGAUAACUGAACCAAUUGAAGCGACGUCAGUAGAGUCCGUAGAUACCUCUUCAUCGUCAGUAUCUACAACAACAUCCAGUUCCACUCAAGGCACAUGGCUGACAUGGGGUACAUGGACAGAGUGCAGUUCAACAUGUGGGAAUGGUAUUUACACCAGGUAUCGUGAAUGCAACAGACCUGACGACAAAAGCACAGAUUGCCAAGGACUUUAUGUUCAAACGGAGAUUUGUAUAGAUACUGUGUGCCAAGAAUAUGGAAACUGGGCAACAUGGUCGUCCUGGGAUACUUGUGACGCUACAUGUGAAGGGGGUACUCAGUCACGCACGAGAUCUUGUCUGAAAACUGAUGCAUCUGAUUUAGAUUGUAUUGGUGACAACACACAACAACAACAAUGUGCUAAAUGGGAAUGCCCAGACUGUUCGAAGGUUUGUUUUGAAGGAGAUCUAAGCCCAACUUGCGAAAUGUGUAUUUGUAACACGACUAGACAAGGUGUUGUGAUGACGACAGACAAUGAAGCAAUAUCAAACGCAACUGUGUUUGUAGAUUCGAAUCCCACCACUGUAAUUGCAUAUUCAGAAGAUUUUGGCUCAUUUUCUAGUGAAGUUGUUUGUGACGGAGCUUCAGUACAAGUUGAGAAACCUGGAUAUUCAUCACCGGUUUGUCAAAUCAGCUCUGCAAGAAUUACAUGCACUAUCGUGAAAAAUGAAAAACCAAUAUUUAUUGAACAUCCCCAGCCCAAAGCUAGACUUGUUGGAGAAAAUGUAACAUUGUGUUGUUCCGCAGAAGGUAUACCGGAUAUAAAGUAUUAUGAAUGGAUGAAAGGCUCCCUGUUAGUAGACGAUUCCUUCUAUCCUGAUGGAAAUAUGCUGCAUCUUACUGGCCUUACAACGUCUGAUUCUGGUGUGUACAGAUGCAGAGCCAACUCUGAUGCUGGAGGUAUGAUGUCAGAGGAAGCAAGUAUAAUUAUCAAAGGAACAGAAAGCGACUUUUGUGAUGAUGCAUUAGGGCAGAGACUGAUCCAUUUGCCAGAUGAUUGUGUGCAGCCAGAGUCUAUGACAGCAUCGAUCGAAACAGGCUUCUGUAACCGACAGCUCUGUCGGCAAAGUACUAGCUCUACAUCCAAUGAGUGUCGAGAGGAAAGCCAGAAUUGUUGCACGGUUGCAGAUUUUGAGCUGAAUACAGUCUAUUGUUCGGGAUAUAACUUGUCGGUCCUCAGUGUAAAAUCAUGUGGAUGCGGGCAUUGUAAUUUCAAUGCAGUUAGAAUUGUCGGUACGGUACUUAACUAUAGUACUAACGAAUACGUUCGAUUCGGACAAGUACACGUAAACGGUGUAUUUAGCACGUACACAAGCUCACGGGGAUCUUUUAAAGUGUCCGUUAACGAAGGGUAUGGGUCAGCCGUUAUUACAAUUAUCAGUAAUAACCAACACACAACACACGUUAUUGAUGUUUCAGAAGGGACGACGGGAACAAUUUACACAAACAUGUAUAUUGUUCCGGAAACAUGCAGUGUACAGAUAAAUGCAGGUGAAGACAAUAUCGUUGAUAUAGGUAACUGUCGGAAUGGAAUUAACACUGCUAAUACAAUCGCUGAAAUACACAUUCCAGCAAACUCUUUUAUAGACGAUUCCUUUAACGUUUUUAAUGGCAUCGUAAAUGUUAGUGUAACAUUUCUAAACGCGACAGAUAUUUCGGAUUUAGACAUCAUGCCAGGAUUGCUCUUAUCUGUUAAUGACGAUGGAGAAAAAGUUCCCAUUACAUCUUUUGGUGCGUUUCGUCUAUGGUUUUAUGAUUCCUUAACAUUAUUAUCUUUGAAACUUGGUAAAAACGUUAAUAUAUACCAUAAGGAAACUGAUCUUGAACAAAGUUUGUCUUUGUUUGGGUUACAAGAAGCCAGUGGAAUCUGGCACGAGAUAAGUGAUGAGACGCCUGUCGAGUUAAAUGAACCUGAUCUUAAGUCAUGGAUUAAUAUCGGUCAAUAUGUUAAUACCGCGAAAGAAUGUUUCUUCAACGUUCGCAUAUAUGAAGAUCCUUACCUUUUAUCUGAAGUAACAGUUAGCAAAUACCAGUUGUUUAUGCAAACCAUACACAUUCGUGGUUCGAAUUCUUAUAAAACCUAUGGUCACACUUUCAGUCCGAGUAGGACAUGUUUUAGAACGAUUUGCGAUGACAAUUUGGGAUUUAUUGAGGUCUGGAUAAGUAAUUUUGAGAAAGAGUCCGCAGAAUAUCUCAUGCCUGCAAAUCCUAUGGGAAAUGUUUCCGUAGGUCUAUCGUCCUCAAAACAACAAAACGUCGAGUAUUCAGUCGUUAAAGGUGAUCCCCAUUUGAGUUUAAAGUUUAUUAUAAGCUCUGAUGGGCCAUUUUUUGAAAGUCUGUAUACAUGUCUCUCGUCAACUAAAACGAAUAAUCACUUCAAAUUUUAUUUCCCAGACAAUGUGGAGGAUGUUUUCACUCUUAGACACUUUUUUGAUUUAAGUACUCAAAACAUUAGCGCAAUACAGGUAGUCAAUCAAAGAGUGUGGUAUCCCAAACGACAAGAGGGAUACCGUGUGUGUUUUGUCAAAGUAAGAUUUGAACACCAGACAGUUGAAAACAUUACGGUUCGAGUGAUUUCGUACGGGGGAACGAAUAAAGAUACAUCAAACGAGAUCUUAGGCAUCCGCCAAACGGAUCAAUCGAGCUUCAUAACGAAUUGCUUAGAAUAUAAAUGUAGUGGAACGAUCAACGAGGAAUUUUCCGAGGACGAUUUUGAUGACACCAAAAUAACUGUGGAAUAUUUGAGUUCUGGGACAAGCAAGUGUACCGUUCAAAGUUUUAGUCAGGAACUUAUCGACAAGUUUGCUGAUCUUAACCCUCCAAACGUAGGGGAAAAUACAUUUACAUUUUAUGCUCCGACUAGUUAUUCGCCCAGCCUUGGUAUUUAUUCAGCUAGUACCUCAAGCGAUGAUAUCGAAUCAGCAAGGAGCAGUGCUAAGAGGGAAUGUCGAUCUGGCAUUCCAAUGGACUUUUCUUCUGAUAAUCCUGACACAGGAACUGCCGUAGUAUUUUCUUGCGCUUGAUUUUAGUGAAAUGCCAUAACUUGUUAUGUCUGACUCUCUACUUCAACGUGGAUAGAUAUGUGGUUGAGAUCAAUUUACAUGUCCACUAUUAUGUUUUUUGAAAGGAAUGUAUAACAAAAUUGUUAUGGUUGAAACGUUUUCUUGUAAACAAUUUCGUACGUAUCUGUCUUUACUUAUAAUAUCUCGAACAUUUCUAUAAACCAACAGCAGUAUUCAUCGAUUAAAAGUGUUUAUUCACAUGUCAGAUAGAGAACUGACAAAUAACAAUCAGACUAAUGAAUAAAGGCGUUUAGUCUAAUUAUUGAAAUAUUUACAUGCUUAACGCAUUUUAAUUUCAAUUUUUUUUUUCAGCAUGAAUGUUUAACAGUUGUUUCUUCUUAUGCUUUUCUUCUGGCGAAUUUUUGUUUAAAGAAAGUCUGUUUACUUCGAAACAGUCUCCUGAAUUUAAAUGAUUUCCUGAAGAAAACGGACAAAUCUUACAUAAUGAAACAAUGUGGUUAAAUCGUCCCAAUUAAACUAAUAAUACGUAAAACAUUAUUACCAACCACGUUACGGCGCUUCCGGUCGCCUAGUACCUAAUUUUCAUGACAUUUUGAACAUUUAACGUUUAAUGAAGUUGUUCUUUGAAUAAAGAGCUGUUAGAAUAUAUUUCUGUUUUUUUUUUCUGGUAUUUUCUUAGGGCAAUCACUGCUUUAUUGUGUAAUUACGCUGGAAUGAAAUUUCUCUGUUUUGGCCAGGACGUAGGGAUGUUGUUGUUGGCCAUAUUAAUGACAGUUUUAUCCAAUAGUUCGGCCUGAAUUUUGCGUGUUGAUGAAGGUGCGAAAUCCUCGGAAAUUAGUCCCCAAGAGAAUAAAAUAUUUUUCCAGAAUUUUAAUUCAUACUUGGUAAUUGCAUCUAAUUCUACUUUUGAUUAUAUUUGAUGUACUAUGUAACCUCCAUUUAAUGGUAUUUAUCCGGUCAUUUUAAAGCGGGUUUAAACAUUCAAUUGACAUUAUUUUACUAUAAUUUUCAAAGUUUUAUAGACGGUUAUUCCUUUAGAGAAUCUAUAAACCUACACAUUGCUGAAGAAUUCAUAAAUCUAAAGCAAAUAAAUAAAUAAAUAGAUAAAUAAAUAAAUACAUAAAAUAACAAAAUUAAUCAUAGUGUUUAUGGGUUCCUACUCUCAACGUCUUAGCAAGGUUUUCGAUCAGCCAAAAAUGUUAAGACACACGUGGUACAGAUUUUGAAGAAAAACAUUUUUUUUUUUGCAAUUUUGUGACAUUUUUAUACCAACUAUUGCUGCACAUUAAAUGUCAUAUAAUUAAUUUGAAGGCAUAUUUCGGAAUUAACGGUAAUGUUCCCUUCAGCAGGAAAAGGUAUAAAUUGAAAAAAAUAUGCCUAGUUCUAUCAUGUAUUAUAUUGCGUAGAAUAAAGACAUUAUGUAUUUUUUGU